UCUCGAAAAAAUUUGUCAUUUUGUCAUAAAGUAUUAUUAUGGUCUGUGAGAUUUGUUUACUAACAAAAGAAACACGUUUAUAAUUUAAAAUAAUAGGUGAAAAUGUCUGAUUCCGAUUCAGAUGAUAACAAUGAAAUCGAAAAUGGACAUAUUCCACAUUCUCACUUUAAUCUUAACCAAUCGUCCUCAGAAGAUGAUGAUGCAGAAGAAGUGACCGGAGAUUUUAACAUUGAAUUACCAACUUCUCAUAUGUACUUAGGGAAAUUAAAAGAUUUAGGUGGUCAUACUCUAUUUGAUGAUGGAGAAACCUUGAAUCUAUUGGGAAUAGAUACAAAUACCUUAGUUUUGCCAGGCUUCACUUUGCCUUUAACUUUUGAUAACCCCAAUGAAGGAAUUGUGAUGCAAGAUUAUUUGAAGAAAAGCAAAGUCUUUGUUCUUCUCUGCGCACAUUACUCGAACCCUUCAGAAUUCUUCAAGUAUGGAGUCACAAUGGAGGCUGUUGAAACAAGUAUUAGAGAUGGCAUUUUAUCUUUAAAAGCUAGGGGAAGGCAACGUUGUCAAAUUUUGUCUGAUAUUAGAAGAGAAGAAGAUGAAGAAGAUAGAGAAGAAAGGAUUCAUACUGUUACAGUGAAAAUUCUGCCAGAACAUAAAAUUAUAUCACCUUUUGUAGAUUCACAACUUUAUACAUUGAAAUUGAAAAAGCCAUUACUUUGUGAGGGUACUGAUGAUAUGAAAAAGGCUAGAAAAUAUAGGAGGUACCACUCAGCACAAUACACAUUUCCCCACUGGUUGUAUGAAGAGUAUGAAGUUUGCUUUAUCGUACAGAAAAUGUUAGCAGGUUUGAAGAAAUAUUUUAAUAUGGAGUUUGUGCCAAAAGACCCAGUGAUACUCUCAUAUUGGUUUAUACAGAAUUACCUUCUGCAAUAUGAGGAAAGGUUGCGACUUUUGCAGGAGAACACAGUAUUAUCAAGGUUGAGGUUAGAAGUACAAUAUUUGAAGAAAAGUAGAUUGAUGUUAUGCAACCAUUGCACUAUGACUAUUGCAGAUCAACAGGAUAUUAUUGUUCUCUCUAAGGAUGGAAUUCAAAAUAACUUUGUGAAUCCAGGUGGUCAUGUUUAUGAAACUGUUACAGUCAGUUAUGCUAAGAAUUACAUAUUAACAGGCAAACCUUCAAAAAAAUUUUCCUGGUUUCCCGGUUAUGCUUGGACUAUAUUACAAUGUUGGCAGUGUAGAAAUCAUCUUGGUUGGAAGUUUACCUCAAAUAUAUUGACCCCAAGAAAUUUCUAUGGUCUGGCUUUGAGUGGUGUUAAUGUAGGAUGUGAUAUCUGGAAAAAUGCUCAUGAAAAUUCUCUAAUAGGUAGAUACCUAAAUACUAAUGGCCAAUAUGUAGAUGAGAAUGGUGAAUUCAUAGAUUAUCUAAAUGAUGAAUUAUUUAACUGAACUUGGGUCAUUCUUCUAUUAUAACUGUGUUUUUGUCAAUAGUGUAGAGGAAUGUAAACCAAAUAAUACAUUUUACCCAUUGUGAAUAAUUAUAUUAUCAGUAAACUGAAGAAAUUUUA